GAGGGACCCUUUUAGGCUUUCUUUAUUAAAUUAUUUCAUUGACUAUAAAUUUGGUGAAUUGUUUAUGAAAAACACAUAUGCAUAUAAACUUGUCACAAAUUGUACCUUGUUUUCUUGCAGGAUAUUGUUACAUUUUUUUUUCUGUUGUUCAACAUUCAGAAUCAAACAUGAAAAAGCAACACACAUUUUACUCAACCUCAUCAUCUUCUAAGCUAGGAGUUGGCAAAGAUUCACAAGUCAUAUCAAAAGCGAAGCCGAAAAUCCGUAUAAUUCAUAUAUAUGCUCCAGAAAUCAUAAAAACUGACGCUGCGAAUUUCAGAGAGCUUGUUCAAAGACUCACAGGAAAGCCAGAAGAUCAUGAAAAGAGAGGUGCAAGAAGCAAAUCCAAAACUGCACUACCUCAAACCAGAGAUUCGAUGAUUGUGCAAGAAGAUGAAAAAGAUUUUCUUAGUCUGCAAAAUGGGAUCAUAAGUGUAAAGAAUGAAAGUGAAGAGGAAGAAAUAUGGAGAAGAUCAAAGUCAAAUGAAAAAUUCAAUGGUUUCUUAGAUGGUUUUUCAGAAUAUGAUGGUUUUAUGGAAGAGUUAAGUACUACUAUGCCGCUACUUAAUUAAAAUUAAGAUCUUAUUUUGAUGUUUUGUUUGUUACUUUUCUUGCUAAUUGAUGUAUGGAUAUUAAUUACAAAUAUUAAUCACAGAAAAAAAUUUAUGGUUA